CCGCCGCCAGCUCAUCGCCCUCUUCCUCGCGCCGCGCUCCCUCGACUGCACGGCGCUCGCCGCACACCCACCUGCGUACCGCAGACCGGCCUCAGCGCACCUGCAAGCGGCAGUCGGCACCUGCUUGCUCCGCCAUGGCUCACUCGGCCUCGGCCGCGGCGGCCGCGGCGUCGCGCGCCCGCCUGGCGCCCUUUGUGCACCUGGCGCAGACAGCUAGUGGCGCCGCGGCCGCGCAGCUCUGCUCCGACGCUGCGGCGGCCCCGGGCGUGUAUGCAUUUGCGGAGCUGCUCGCGGUGCCUGGCAUCCGGCAGCUGGCAGACGGACCUCACGCACGCGCAUUCGCACUGCUGCGCCUCUUCGCCUACGGCGAGCUGAGCGACUGGAUCGCCUCGCCCGACUCGUUCCCGCCGCUGCGCCCGGCACAUGUCGCCAAGUUGCGGCAUCUGACACUGCUGCGUCUCUGCUCGAGCGCGCGCAUCGUGCCGUAUGCCACGCUGCUCGAGGCGCUGCACCUCGACGUGCAGGCGCCCAGCGGCGCGUCCACGCCCGUGGCGCAGCCCGUGCGUGCGCUCGAGGACUGCAUCAUCGACGCCGUGUAUGCCGGCAUCCUCGGUGCGCGUCUCGACCAGCGCGCGGCGCGAGUUGAGGUGCAGGGCUGCCUCGGCCGCGAUGUCGGCGGGCCCGAGGAGGUGCUGCAGCUGGAGCAGGGUCUGGCGGAGUGGGAGAAGACGACGCAAGAGCUUCUGCGCACGCUCGCAGAACGCAUCGACCGCGCUCGCGGCCAGGACGCGGUCAGCGUGGCGAACCGCGCCGACCACGACCAGUACCUCGAGGGCUCGCUGCACCAGCUGCUCGAGAAGAGCGGGCCGGGCGGGCUCGGCAGCAGCGGCGGCGCAGCCGGGGCCGCAUCGGGCGGUAUGGGUGCAGCAUCGGCAUGGGCACGCGAGGCGGAGGAGCCGCGCGGCAGUCAGCGGAAACGCACGCGCGCGUAGGGGAAGGAGAGCUGGGCAGACUUUGAGAUACCGACACAUCCUGCGACUCGUGGUUCAAUGACAGAGACAUCAUCA